UAUUAUGCAAUAAUUGCAAUUGUUCGUUACAUGUAUGAUACUAUUACAAAGCUGGAGAUAUUUUCUUUCAUUCUAUAUGUAAAUUUGCUUCCUGCAAUGUUUAACUUUGUUUCCGCUACAAAAGAACCGCGAAUAUCUGUUCUUUCGAACAAAAAAAGACAACUGCUACAAUAUAUGAAUGUGCAUGUUACAUCGCAAUCUUUAAGAGAAAAAGUAACGAAAAUGGCUCAUUGGUCGUAUUCAUUGAUUCGGGAUAUGAAAGAUCCAACAAAACAGUUGAUCCGAAACGAGUUUGCAGUAGUAAUACGUGAUAAAUAUCCCAAAGCACAAAACCAUUUCCUAGUACUCCCAUGGGAAUCGAUUGACACUGUUUAUGAGUUGACUCCGAAGCAUAUGCCUUUGUUGGUGGAAAUGCAUUUACUAGGACAAAAUGCAAUCGAACUUUGCCAGGGUAGUCGAGAACAGUUCCAACUGGGAUUCCACAUGCAACCGAGCAUGCAGCGGUUACAUUUACACGUGAUUUCAAAAGAUUUUAUCUCACACUGUUUGAAAACAAAACACCAUUGGAACAUUUUCAAUACAGAAUUUUUCAUGCCUAUUAAUAAUAUUAUGGAUGAAAUCGAGAAGAGUGGUUGCAUCCAACCACGUUCCAAGCAGUACAUUAAUAGCCUUCUGGACACGCCAAUGAUGUGCAAUCAAUGUAAUUCUACUUUCAAUACAAUACCCAAUCUUAAGAGACACUUAGUAGUCCAUUGGAAUGGUUCCGGAAUCUUAUAAUUCAAUCAUGUUGCCACUUCAAAAUAUGAAUGAUUUUGCGUCUUGAUAAUAGAAGAUAUAUAGAAUAAGUGCAUCAAAUUACUAGACUUCUAAACGAUAA